UCAUGGUAUUUCUGCUUCACUGCUGCAGGAAGUCCCUCCUCCUCCGCCUCCUCCUCCUUUUGUUUUAAUGAAGCCCCUGGGAGGUUCUGGAAAGCCCUGGAACUGAAUGCAAUCCAUCCCGUCCAAACCGCCGCCUCCUCUUCAGUCCCAGUGAGCUUGGACCAAACCCUGCUCUGCCUCCUGCACAUUGCCCCGUCGCUACGGCAACUGGAAACAGGACAGGACAGGGUCCUGCUGAAAACAGGGCUAUGGUUUCAACAGAUGUCACGACACACAAGCAGGAGAAAGACUCGACUUUGCAUGCCUCUGUAUCCUCCCAUUGUCCUGGCCAUGCGUCAUGUCCACACGGCUGAGGCCUGUUGCUCCGGUCUUCUGAUUGGGCGCUGACAUGGGAUUGUUCUAGACCACAGUUAGGGGAAAUGCUUGGGAACUCCACUCCCCAGCGUGAGAGGAGAUGGAGAGCAGAACAGCUCCCUGGAGACUCAGCCCAUGACCCCUCUCAGUGCAAAAUAUGCAGAGGUCACAGAGUUUCUGUUGGGCAAGAGCUAAAUCUGACUGACACUGAGCAGCAAUAACCCUUGACUUCAUAACUGCUGCUCCAGUGUCAUCUCACCGCAGUCCAUCCUAACAUGGCCAAGGAGAUUCCCAAAGGCUCACCAAUUCCUAAACAAAAGAAGAUCACAGACCUCUUUUAUUGACUACCAGUGGAGGUCACUGUUCUCCUGCAUCACACAGCCUGACCUCAGAGCAGUAAAGGUCCCUGCACCUUCAGGUCUUUGGGUCACAUUGUGGAGAUGCUCAGAAGUAACUGGGAUGGAUCUUUGAGGUUAAGACCUGCAACUGCUGCAACAUCAAACACAAGGGAGACAGCUGAUUAUACAGUUAAAAGCUCCCACUUCCCCUCACAUGACCUGCCUUCCCUUCAGCCCCACCCAUGAACCAUUAAGGCUGUUUUCUUGAAGAAAUAACAAAAAAGGGGUGAAAAAAAGAGAAAAAGAUAGCCACCAGAGGUCAGAUCCAAGUCCAAAAUAAAUUGCCUUCUUUCCUGAGGCUCAGCCAUUUUAAUAGUACAGAUUUAUUGUGCUGUGCUUUUUGGAGGGUGAUCAUAUGUAUGUGGUCAGUAUGCAGUGUAUGACCCAGCCUCCCUCUCACGUUACACCCUAUUUAUAACAUCCCCUCCGCCGGCUCCCCUCGUUCAGCAGUUCCUAGGAACCUCCUUGUGCUUCCAGCUUCCAGCUCCGAGCUCCAGUCCCCUGUUCUUCCUGACAUCUGAGAGGCUCAGCUGCAGCUCGUCCUGGGCUAACUGUUUAUCCUGUACAGCUUGGCAACUGGGCCACAUGCUCUGGAUUACCACAUUUCAAAGCACAUUUUACUUUCUGUUCUGACUAUUUCAUUUUUCUAACUGAGGGGGAAAAGUUUUGGAAAAGUCAAAGGAAGAAAGAAAAGCAGCUGGAUAUGUGCUUGUGAUAUUUUUCUUUUUGGUUGAUUCAGUAACUUUCCUUCUUUGUCUUUCCCACCUCACCUUCGCUGGAGGGCUGUGUGUGUGUGUUUGCACAUGAUGGAUCACACACUGUUCGGCUGCCUGCGGAGCCCCCACGCCCCGGCUCAGGCCCUGCAUCCCGCCUUCACCCAGUCUCCCCUGACUCUUCACGGACGCUCGGAUCACGUCUCCUACCCCGAGCUGGCCUCGUCCUCGUCCUCCUCUUCCACCUCCUCGCCUUCCCCCUGCAUCAUCUCCAGCUACCCGGGCGACGACAGCCUGUUUCCCGGACAGCACCACCACCACCCCCACCGUGGUCACUUGUCCUCCCAGCAGCAUCACCACCCUCCUCAGCACCAUGCAUCUUGGCAUAUCCCACAGAUGCCGUCACCUGGCGGCAGUACACGCCACACUCUUUGCCACCCGCACUCCCACUCAUCCCAUGACAACCUGCCCACUCCUCCAGACCUGGGCCACCCCGGUGCACCCAGUAUGUGCGCCAGCACCCCCAGUAUGGGCAGCGGCAGCACCCCUACAGGGGCCUCCUGUGUGCCUGCAGACUUUGGCAGACAGACUCUAUCACCUGCCGAGGCAGAGAAGAGGAACGGCAAAAGGAAAAGUGACAGUUCAGAGUCCCAGGACGGGAAUUACAAGUCAGACGUGAGUAGCAAGCCCAGGAAGGAGAGGACGGCCUUCACCAAGGAGCAAAUCCGAGAACUGGAGGCCGAGUUUGCCCACCACAACUACCUAACCAGGCUAAGACGCUACGAGAUCGCCGUCAACCUCGACCUCACUGAAAGACAAGUGAAGGUGUGGUUCCAAAACAGAAGGAUGAAGUGGAAAAGAGUGAAAGGCGGCCAGCAGGGGGCAGCGGCUCGAGAGAAAGAACUGGUGAAUGUGAAAAAGGGAACGUUGCUGCCGUCAGAGUUCUCUGGCAUUGCAGCGCUGCACCACUCGACAGACUCCUUAGCCAACGAGGACAGUCACGACAGCGACCAGAGCUCUGAGCAUGCUCAUUUAUGACGCAUUCACACAUGUCCCCGACCCCCCCACCACCAAAACGUGGGCCCUGCCUCGUCCUCAGGACCUUCCUUAGAAGGACUGCUGUUUGCUGAUUCGCCAUCGUCAUACAACGAUGCUAAAUAAGUGUAAAGAUACAGAAGAAUUGCAUUUGUAAGGAAAUGAUGUCAUCAUGCAGGCAACAUGUAAAUUUCAAGAACUGAGUGCAUGAGUACCAAUGGUUAAAAAAUCUUUUUGAAAAAUGCCCAAAAAAGCAUAUUAUAAAUAGUGAAAUGUGAUAUCUUGGUUAUAGGAAGUUACUUAAUAUUGCAGUGUAUUUUUGUGCUCAUAUUAAGUUGGACUGUUAACAUUCCAUGUUGUGUGUAUUGAGAGAAGCAGGCUAAUGCUUUGAUUUGCACUGUUGAACUUACAGUCUGCACCUCGAUUGGUUUCUACUGUAUAAAAUGUACAUUUCGAUGUAAUUGAGUCAUUGAUCCAAUGAACUGCCAGGAAAUCUAAUUUGCUUUGCUAAUAUAAGUGAUCUGUAAAUAAUUCUUAGUAUUGUCUUACCAUAACAAUAAUUCUAUACUCAGACUGUUCAGCUCAUGCAGUAAUAAACACUGACAGCUCUUUAGCUGAUACUUUUCUGCCUGAAGAUGACAUUUUGCAAAUAGAUCUGACACCCGAAACAAGGAUUUUAUUAAAUCUUUUCAGGGACUGUUGCAAAUUGAAUAAAAACUUAACCAGUG